AUGUCUAUUGAUAGUACGCCUAUUACCCUUUGGUGUCUUGAAUACAGAAGUAGUCCUUCUCCUAUACCUGACAACGUAAAAGCUAAAAACCUUAGUUUAUGGAGUGUUAAUGUUGAAGAAAGUCAGUUGGAGAGUAACACCUCUAAUUGUUUAAUGACUGUUGAAAAUGAAAUAAAAAUCGCAACGCAAAAAGUUGGCAACACAUUCUAUGGAGUUCAAGAUAAUAACAUUUGA